GGACGCAGCUUUGACAGUUUCAAAGAGAAGGAUGAGGAUUAAAGCGAGCUUCCACCCAAAGCUCAGUUAGCCGGCACUAAUAUGCAGCUGAGCCACCCCCACUUUAUUUUAAUUUCUGCAACAUCCUGACAUGCACGUUGGUCCAAACUAAUGCACGUUCAGCCUGAUGAGAGGCAAAGGUGUCUAACCAUACCUGACAUGCUCCAUUUACUAUAAUGUUGCAAUUAAGUGAAAAGAAAACUUUUUGACUGUCUAAAAUGGUUUAAAACAGUAAUAUGAAUGUUUGUUUUCUUUGCUGAAAAGAGUUAACCUUCUUUAAAAUGUUCUUUUAGUCAAGAAGUGUUUAAAGCAUCUAAUGCUUGUUUUGAGGGCAGUGUUCUGCAGAGCUUUGUCCUAAUGUGCGUCAUUUCAAUCCCAGCAUGCUCUGAUGCUCACACAACAGAAGUUUCUCCCCUGAGCCCAACAAAGGUGGAACAAAAGGUUUCAAGACUCAUAAGGGGAUUUGAUCACAGGCCAGUGCGGAGCACCUGUUCUGAUCAGCUUCACUGUAACCAGAGCCUCCUCUGCUUCUGCAGGAUCACGCUGCUGCGCGCCGCAGAAACGCAACUUUUCAUCAAUGCGUCUGUAUCACAGCUCACAGGUGUCCCAAAAUAUGGGCCUCAAAAACAAAAAAGACAGACAUCACUGCUGGAUGAUCACACCUCACCAGGUGAUUGAAAACCAGCAACAGCAGGAGGAUGACCUCAUCCAACCGCGAAAGCUGAUAAACCCCGUCCUGGCCUCUGUCCAGCACAGGGCUCUUCAUCAGGAGCUGCUGUUCUGUUACAGACGAGGCACGCUGCCACGAAGGAAGCCGGAGCUGCAGCGCGUCCUGGAGCACAAAAAACGGGAGCAGCUCCGGAAAAGGGAGCAGGCUCUGUGUCCGCCCUCUGACCUCGAAGUGAAGCUGCACAGAAGGCAGCAGAGAAUGCAGUUUCUGGAGAUGGAGGAAAAGAGAAGGAUGGAACGUCAGAAGAACCUCCCAGAGUUUGUUCGUGUGAGACAAACCCUCAAACAUAUUUAAAUUUCAAAUGAAAGUGAGACAUAAUAAAAUGAAAUGGGAUUUGUCACAAAAAAGUCAAACUCACCAAUCUGUUUAUAAACACAAAUGUACAUGAA